CAUACUUUUAAAUUCACGUGUGUAUGAAAAACGACUGUAUUAUAACAGAAUAUUGUUGAAAUAACAAUUUUGUGUACAAUUUUGGAAUAAACUUUCGUGGAUAAUUGGAUUAAAAUGUAUCAAUUUACUGGAAUAUUUGUCUUCCUCAUAUAUACUGUGUAUGGACAACAAACACCUUACUGCACGAAAUUCACCGGUACAGCAAGUCCGAACGAUCCUACAUUACCGGACCUGCCAGAUCAGUUCCAGACGACAAUAGAGGCGAAUUUCGUCAUCAAAGGAUACACAAUAACUGCGUAUGAAUAUUUUGACAAUCCUGGUAACCGAGCGGCGAUGAGAGCAAAUAAAAAUAAUACAGACAAUAUAUCAUUAUUUGAUUAUACAAAUAAUCAAUUAACAUUCAUUAAUGGAAAUUCAUGUCAAGUAAAGAAUCUCACCACGGAUCCAACAGACGUGUAUUUUGGCAGUUUUUCAAAAGGUGGAAUUCCUCCUCAUAUUCUUAACUCUAGAGGAGCCCUACAUUUUCUAAAAUCAUCUGGACAGCAAUACAUGGGAAAAGAUGUAGUUCGAGGUAUCAGCGUUGAUCAUUGGAGAUCAUGUAUAUACUGGCCACAGAUUCGAGCCAACUUUACCCUAGACUACUAUUUCACGGUUCAAGAAUGGAAAGACGCUAUAGCAUAUCCUAGAAUUCCAGUUCGAGCUUAUGUCAAGGGAGUGACUGAAGAUUUUACAGGGGCGGUGUCACAUGUUGAACAUUACUAUGAUUAUGUUGACUUUAGAACAGAAAUUGCUGACUUGACAGUUUUUGAAGUCUGGUAUGACAGAACAAAGAACAUAGUUAGGAGUGACAUGAGGCUACCAGUAGCACGUGCAGGGUUAGCUCAAAACACGCUUGUAUCUAUAAUAGACGAUUACAAUUAUGGUAUUGCUUACAUAGUAGACAAAGUCAAAGGCAACUGUCAUGUGACUGGUAUAUCUGAAACAGAAAUGACGUCAGAUUUCAAUCAAACGGCUGCUGGAAUGGACAAUCUCUGGUUUGCAUUAACAUUAAAAGGACCAAGAGAAAUUCUCGGUUUGGAUGGUAAUUUCACAUACAUAGGAAAGAGAACUGUACGAGGACUAUCUUGUAACGUGUUCACGGGUAUAAGACCACUCGGCGGUGGUAUAAUGGCUACCUAUGAAUAUUAUACUCUUGUGGAUGGUUUUGACUUCUAUCCUGAUGACGAUCCAGUUGUCUCUCACAAUAUACCCUUACAGCUGACCAUUACAAAUGAAACGUUGGGUAUAAGAAUUAUCCAGACCAUCACGGCAUUCAGCGAGGUCCAUCCGGACUUAUCUUUGUUUGACAUAAGUUCAUGUUAUCCCGAGAAUGCCAGUGUCUCUUUCAGCAUCAAAUUUGAAGGGAAGUUUAAUCCAGGGCUUCGAGAUGAGAUUAUACGAGAAGCCCACAGCAAAAUGGCGGCUGAAAUGAAUGUAUCUCCACUCAGGGUACAGAACGUACUCAUUAACUAUGACAAUUCGUUUGUAUACGUUGCAGCAAAAUUACUGGACGUGCCUCCUGUACUCAAACAGUUUACAAUGUAUCAAAACUUUACUUCACGUUCAUUGAAUGAUCUCAGUUAUCCAUCAAGUGUUGUAGCCUCUCCGACAUUGUGCGCGGCAUACUGUGUUGCAAACACGAAUUUCACGUGCAACAGUUUUGAUUUCUGUGCUGAUUCAAACCAUGCUUGCCGCCUAAGUAAAAGUCAUUCUGAUGGAAGAAAUACGCUAUCAAAUGGUGUUUUGUGUACACACUAUUCUAGAACCGUCGAUGGUCAUUCUAUGACAGAAGUAGAGUUUGAAGCCGCCUACAAGAGUUUAAGGACUGCUGUAUACGGAGGUCAGUUACAGAUACAGACAUUUCUACCAUACUUGAAAACUCCUAUAUACUUUACUGCAGUCGACAUAUCAAUAUCGUACGGCAAGUAUAUUCAUUUCUUUCUUUGUCAUGUCCUUAACAUUGUUCCAACAAUAAUGAAUGAUUUCAUAGUUUUUAAAUUACCAUUUAAAAUUUAUUAUGCAACAGGACGGCUUUAUUACCAGGGUGUUCCACAAUUCACGGGUCAGUUUUCCUACCACCUAGAAUCAAAAACACCGUAUUCUGAAACAAUAUUCAAUUCACAUAUAUGGUACGACUAUGAAUAUAAACUGGUGCGAUAUGAUUUGGUUGAUAAUGGUCCUGUUUCAAAAAUACACGAUUAUAACUCAGGUAUAGCUUAUGUUAUAAACAAGAACACCCUUAAAUGUCAGGUAUCUCCAAUUAAUGACAGAUCGUUCGAUGUUCAAGCACCAUCAUCAAAACAGAUAAAUCGUACAGGAUAUGUUCUUCAGAUCAAAAACCCCAUACAACUAUUUGACCUCUCACAAAACUUCGUAUAUGCUGGACAGAAAACUAUAAGAGGUAUUUUAUGUGAUGUUUACGAAAAUGUCGGAAAGUUCAGUUUUGGUGAAGGUACGAGCAAACAAGCAGUCGUACAGUUCUAUUUUAUGGCACAAACAUGGCAAGAAAUGUCUGAAAACUCAGGCCAAGCUGUCUCUACGCAACCUGUUAGUUUAGUUGCAACAUCAACAGAUUCAAUGUCAACGAUACAUUAUGAUGUAAUCGACUUCAAUGAGCAGCAUCCAGAUUUAUCCAACUUCAACAUUCAGCCAUGUUUCCCUGCUGAUCAACAGAGACAUAUUCUUCUUCAGUUUAACCAGUCUUACCACCCUACAUUAGACACACAUCUUGCUGAGUUUAUAAAGAACGUUCAGAUGCAACUGUCAGUAUUGACUGGUGUAUCACCACUGAGGUUCCAAAAUCCCCAGGUCUCCUUUGACGGUCCAAAUACAUUCUAUAUUGCCACUAUGGUAGAACAGUCUCCAUCUUUAUUGGAUUUCACUAAGAUUAGUCAAAGAGUGGGUGUUUAUAGUAUGGAUGCCACGUACGUUGAUGUGUUGAGCGAUUUACAAUGUGCUGAUAUGUGCAGGAAUAUGACUGGGUUUGUUUGUCUAAGUUUUGAUUAUUGUCCCUCAACCAAACAAUGCCAAUUGAGCAAACGCCGAACACCAGAUGGACAAUUGUUGAAGAAGAAAGCUUCGUGUGACCAUUAUUCUAAAACUGUGGAAUCAUCGACGAGUCCAGAACCUACGACAGAUCAAGCAAUUACAAUGUUACAAGACAGGAUAGCUCACGGUAAUCUUGUGGUCAACAUCCAAGUGGAUACAAAAACGACGGUCAAAUACUCGGCACUUUACUUUUCAAGGAAUAUAUUUCGUUAUGACAGCGGAAAGGAAAACAGUGAAACAUUAACUCAUUUUAACCGUAUUGAUAAGAGAGCAAUUCAUAUACGAAAUAAUCCAUCAGCCAGAUGGGUUCGCUACCUUCCGGUCAGUGUAGACGACUGUGCAACAAAAUGUCUAACUUAUGCAGCAUACGAGUGUGAAUCGUUUUCUUAUUGUUCUGAAAUGGGAUUGUGUUUAAUAAGCGACCUUUACCCUGGAGAUAAUACAACUGCGUUUGAAGACAGUCCUAUAUGUAACCUUUAUUCGAGGAAAUAUUUAGACAGAUACAUCCUCUCAAAGGGCACGAUCUCAAAUCUUGGAAACGUCGUGAAACAAUCAAAUGUUGGAAACCCGGAUACAUGCGCUCAAAAAUGUUAUAAAAGUGGGAACAAUACAUGUAAUUCAUUUGACUUCUGUGAAAGUACAAAAUCCUGUUAUUUGUCACGUGAUCGAAAGAUAACAACAUCUGUGUCUUCAUCUACUGCAGAUUCUUCUUGCUAUCACUAUUCAAGAAAAUAUUUGUUUGAUUUUAUAAUAUCACCAGACAAACAUUUGCCCUAUGGACCUACUGUUUUCUUUUCAAAUACAAGCGUAGACGACUGUGCUAAACUUUGCGUAGAUGACUACGGAUUGACAUGUAGAUCAUUCAUGUUUUGUGGACAUAGUACUUGCAAUAUAUUUUCUGUAAAUAAUAGAAACGUGCAAUCUCAGAUAUCAUCGAACGCCGUGUGCGACACUUACACGAGGCAUUUAUCAUAUGUCGGUCCAUCAUCAAAUGUUGCAUCAGCACAAAUACAGAAUGGAUUUAGUUCAGGUUCCAUGGCAGCUGUUGCGUUCGGUGCUUUAAUCCCUGGAAUGGUCCUCGGAGCUGCUAUAUUAUAUUUUUCAAAAACUAGAAAACUGAUACAAAAUGAACAUGAAAUGGAAAUAAUUCAUAAUGAACAAUCUCCUGAUGAAGACUAGAUACAUUUUAACCACAUGAGAUAAUAAAAAUAUUUCUAUUCGAUAAGAUAUGAGUUUAAUUGGACUUAUUAUAUAUUAUAUUUUCAUUAGAAUGCGAAUCGGUCUGCAUAUGGGUAAAUAAAUUAGUGCAUAAACUAUUUACCCCGCUGAUGACAACUAAAUCUAGCCAUGCAACCAGUGUAGAUCAUGAUUUGUCCGCGCCGUGGGAUCAUGGUCAGCACAAUCCGUGGUAUGGAAAUAAUAAAUGAUGAGCAUGUUCAAACUUUUACUUUACAUAUAUUUACUGACCUUGAUAUUAAAUAUAUAGCAGAGAGUACAAAAGAAAGCGCCCUAUUUUCAGAUUUAUACAUUAUAAGUAAUAUAAACACUAGUAUUUAUCUGCAUUGCAUGAAACAGUUUUGUUGUAUUAUGUUAAUUUAAUUGUAUUUUCUUAUGUCUAAAAAUGUUUUUUGAAUAAAAAAAAAUU